GGGCAGGACGAGAGAAGGGGGGAGGUGGGGACGCGAGAAGAUGACGUCACGGUAGCAGGGAGGGACCUUCGGUUGCUUUGGGCUCUCCCUCCGCUGAGGGUGCUGACUGAAGACCGUUCCGUGGGCGACGCCGUCGGCUAUGACCAUUUGUCAGUUCUUCCUUCAAGGCCGGUGCCGCUUUGGAGACCGGUGCUGGAACGAACAUCCCGGCGCCGGGGGUGCGGGCGGAGGACGGCAGCAGCAGCCCUCAGGUAAUAACAGACGUGGAUGGAAUACCACCAGCCAAAGAUACUCCAGCGUUAUCCAGCCAUCCAGCUUCUCCAAAUCAACACCAUGGGGGGGCAGCAGAGAUCAAGAAAAGCCAUCUUUUAGUUCCUUCAAUUCUGGAGCUUCAACUAGCAGGAACAGAGGGUUUGGAGUGUCCCAGAACCCAUUUGCUUCAUCCAGCCCUGAUGGGCAGAAAGAUGAAAAGAAACUUCUGGAAGGAAUUAUAAAAGAUAUGGAAAUUUGGGAAUCAUCAGGACAGUGGAUGUUUUCUGUUUAUUCACCAAUGAAAAAGAAACCUAAUAUUUCAGGUUUUACAGACAUUUCACCAGAGGAGUUGAGGCUUGAAUACCAUAACUUCUUAACCAGCAGUAACUUACAGAGUUAUCUAAAUUCCCUCCAACAGUUAAUAAAUCAAUGGAGAAAUAGAAUAAAUGAACUGAAGAGCCUAAAUACAUCAACUAACAUAGCCUUGCUCUCAGAUGUAAAGGAUGGAAUAAAUCAACCAGCACCUGCAUUUGGAUUUGGCAGUACAAAUGCAGUAACAUUUGGAUCACCAGGUUUUCCAGUGAAUAACAGCAGCAGUGCUAAUGCUCAGAAUUUUAGUUUUAAACCAAGCUCUGCCCCUUCUGGAAGUCCUCCUAUGUUCGGGAAUACUCCAGCAUUUGGAGCUGCACCCUCUGCCAGUUCUGCCAUCACUACUUCUGUUCCAGCAUUUGGAUUUGGGAAACCUGCAAUCACAUCUGCUGCUUCAUUUUCUUUUAAAAGUCCUGCAGCCACUGGUUUUGGAUCACCUGGAUUUUCAGGAUUUCCAACUUCCAUGGCAGCAGGCUCUUUUGGAGCUCCAGGGGCCCCAGCCUUUGGAAGUGGUACUUCUGUGGCUGGUUUUGGUAGUCUAGGUUCACAUUCCCACACUGCUUUUUCCAAGUCAUCUAGCAACACCUUUGGAAACAAUAGCAUAUCUACCUCUCUCCCAGUCUCAAAUGGCAGCACCACAACAGAUAACAAAUUAUUCACACCCAAGGAUCAACUCACAGCAGAAGAACUGGAGCAAUUUCAAUCCAAGAAAUUUACUCUAGGAAAAAUUCCCUUAAAGCCACCACCUAUGGAACUUCUAAAUAUUUGAAAGGACAAUUUUAAAUACAGAAAAGAACAGCUCUUAAAAUUGUUCUGAGUGGUUUGUAUAAAAUUGCUUUAAGUGAUUUAAAUAUAUACAUAUAUAUGUAUAUAUGUACAUAUAUACUUAAAAGGAAUAUAAGCUCUCAUUAAUAACUUUAGGGGUCUUGAAAUUCAAUAUUUUUUCUAAGUAAAGCAUAAAAAGUACUCUGCAAGAGGUUUUUUUAAAAUUCAAUUAUGAAUGGAAUCGAAAAAAACUGUUAGUGUGCACUGAAUAAAGUGCUUUUCUCAUUCUA